AUGAGCGCACGCAGCAGUAACACCCAACAACAAGUGGAGCACGAGGUGAGGGAGGAGCGCGCCAGAGAACAGCCAGUGGCGAACGAGGCUGACGAGGAGUCUACCGGGGAGAUCUCGGACGUGGAGUUGCCGGCCGAGGAGGAGGAUGUAGGCCCGAGCGCGACGGAGGUCGGAGAGGUCGUCGACAUCUCCUCCGAUGAGAGUGGACCGGAGGACGCGAGUGAAAAGGGGACGGAGACCGUCAGUCCCGAGGUGUCCUCGGACGAGGACGACGCGGCGCGACGAGCUGCGAGGGACCGAAUGGUCUUCCGCCGGUUAAGCCGGGCGACGGCAGGGCUCGGGAGGAUCUGCCUAGGGCAGAUACCACCGUCGGGCAAGCCCAAGGAGUGGGCUCGCAUCUUGGAGGAGCGGGCGAUCACUGUCCGCCAAUGGGAGGCCCGGCGGCCGCCGCAGGAGCAGCUGCAGUCGCCGGAGGAGCAGAUGCAGCCGCCGCUGUCCACCACGUGCGCCGACGCCACCUCCACCGCCACCCCCGCGAUCGCCGUCACCGCUGCCACGCUCACCAUCACCACCACCAUCGCCGCCGCCGAGGCAGCAGGAGUGGCACCUGCCACAGGCGCAGGUCGCGCAAGCGCUGCGGACCGACAUGGUGGAGGGGCGGCGGUGUCAUCAGCAGACGGUCACGUGGACGAAGCCCGCGCCCGAGGAGGCAGCAGAGGAGGCCAGGAUGCGGGAGGCCAUCGAGUAGCGGCGCCCACCGCCGUUGAGCCCGCGCGAUCCGAGGGCCAAGUCGGCGAAACGCGUCGCGAAAACGGCCGAUCGCGAGGGACUGGAGGUGACGCCCGAGAAGGAGCGCGAGGCCCAGGAGGGGCUGGAGAAGGGGCCAUGGGAGUGGCCAUCACCGCCGGAGACGUCGAGGGACGCGGCGCCACCCCCGAAGCUGGCGCGGCAGACCUCGUGUCCGGAGCCGCGAGCCUCACCGGCGAGGCCGACGCUGCGGAGACAGCAGUCGGAGGGCGCGGAACCGUGGUCGGAGGUUCCGGAGGAGGAGUGGCCGGCGCGGGUGGCCUAAGAAGCGCGACGGCAGCGAGUGGGCCAAGCUCAUGCUGGACGGAGAACAGCGCUACCGAGUGA